GCGUCCGCUCUCGUCGCGUGUUGUUUGUUUUCAAUUUUCUAGCAUUUGGCUCAGUUUUUCCGACCCUGCUCUUCUAUGAGAUGAACACGUUGUAACGUUGAAGAAGUUUUCCACUGUCAAAACAGACAAUACAACCAUGUACUUACUGUUUUGAUCGAGAAAAGUCGACAGCACCGUGACCGGCGUCAGAGACAGAGCGGCAAUUUUGAACAGCGUGAAUACAGUAAUUGACUGCCGCGAUGAAACUUGCUACAUACAGGGAAAUACUGGAGUAUAUGCACUCUUGUGGUACACGGGAAUGCUUGAAAACAUUAGCCAAGAAAUAUCCCGAACAUUCAUACAAUACCCUUGUAAGUAUAUGUGGUCAGGAUUACCAGAAAAAGACUAGGAAGUCGCAUCACAAGCACCACAAGCCAGAAGUGAUGGAGGAAUAUUAUCAAAGAUAUUUGAGUGGUGUAUGUAAGCCUCACAAAGAACCAGUUCUGUUGCACUUAGCAGAGGAGGUAGACCUGUCACAUUCUCUAUUAGCACGUAUUGUGUUGGAGCGUCAUCUCGCACAUAACAAGUAUGAAGGCAACAAUCAUGAAGAUGAGAUGAGAAGUCGGGGCUAUGAUAAAACUCCUGAUAUUAAAUUAGAAGUCCCAAUUGCUGUUGAUGGACAGGUAGUGAACUGGAUCGAAAGUAAAGCAUCUUUUGGUGAUGAAUACAGUCAUAACACAUACUUGAAAGACCAGUUUUGGAGUUACUGGAACAGAUUUGGUCCUGGCAUGGUAAUAUAUUGGUUUGGUUUUAUUGAAGAGCUUGAUAUCCAUCGUGAUAGGGGAAUUCUUCUAAAAGAGGACUUUCCUGAUGAUGACAUUGUCACUCUGCAAGAUACAUUUAAGUGA